CGAAAGAGUCCUAUGAGCCAUUCCUCGAUGAUGUACUCGCUCAAUUCCCCCGUGUCCGCGCCGUCUGGGCUUUCGAUAUCGCUUAGCAUAGCGCAUCCUAUCUCCUCAACGAGCACGUUAUUAGAGACGAGCCUGACUGGUUUGACUGCGCUCGGGACAUCUCGCAAAUUGCCAACCACUUCCAGAAAGGCCUUCGCCAGCCAAUCGUAGGAAUGGGUCAGUCGUGGGGCUGUUUCAAUAUUCCCAUGGCUGCCGCUCAAAAUCCACGACUCUUUGCCGGCGUUAUUGCUUUAGAACCUGUUCUGGUGACAACCUACGGAGCUCGACCACCUUACAUGCAUCUCGCCGUCCUUACGAUGAAACGAAGAGACCGAUGGUUGUCACGCGAGGAUGCAAGACGCGCGCUUCGGAAAUGCCCUUACUACGCAGUCUUUGAUGAUCGUGUUUUCGAUCAGAUCAUUCGCUGACCUACGGGACGUUCCGCCAAAAAUGCAUGCAGCACAGGAUGUGUCUACAAAUUCUUCGAUCGCACCCGAGGUAACUCUGACGACUCCCAAGGCUAUGGAGGUCUAUACCAUGAUGCGCGCAAAUCCACCAUUGCCCGGGUAUCCUUUAGGGCCAGACCACAACCCCAAUCACGCUCGCCACUCUACUCCUGUUAUCCCUGGAUUCCACAUAUCAGCGGACACAGAAACUCAGAAGCACAUUCCGCACGUGUUGCCCCCGGUGCUAUAUGCCUGGGGCUCUAGAUCGUUCAUUGCGAAACUACCUGGUUACCGACAAAUGCUACUCGAGAAGACGGGAGUUGGGCCCGGGGGCAGCGGAGGAGCAUCCGUUGGACAUGUUACCGAGACUGUGAUCGGGGACUGCGACCGCUGCUUGCCUUUUGAGAAGCCUCGCGAGACGGCGAAGGCCUUGUAGCCGUGGCUUGAGCGACAAGUCGAUAACUGGGAGAAGAAUUGGGAGGAGAGGAAGAAGGAAGGACCCUAUUGGACGGAUACAAUAAACCUAGGAUGGAUUGACAGGGCAUCUAAGAUAUCGAAACUAUAGUUGUAUGGCCUCACUACACCUGUAUACAUAACAACUAUGUCGAAAACAUCAUUGCGGUCUGUUUCUGUAUUUUCCGGGAUCUGGCACAAGGAUACGAAGAUAAGUGAAUGAAAGGG